AUGUCGGAAAAGCGUACGCCCUCUCCCACCGUCGAGUCUAUAGAAGCAGCGAAGGGGAAUCUGAAGGUCGAGGUCUAUAAUGCGCAUGUGGAUACGAGUGGAGUGGAUGAACGCAAGUUGAUGCGCAAAAUCGACUUAGCUCUCAUUCCAUGGCUGUCGUUUUUGUACCUUCUCAGCUUCCUUGAUCGCACUAGCAUCGGAAAUGCGAAGUUGUAUAACCUUGAGAAGGAUCUUCAUAUGACAGACAAUCAAUAUCUACUAUCCCUGACGAUAUUUUUCUUCAGCUAUGCGAUAUUUGAGGUCCCGUCCAACGUUUUCCUGAAACGUCUUAGGCCUUCUCUAUGGCUCUCUUUCUUGAUGUUCUUCUGGGGCGUUAUGAUGACUCUUCAAGGCGUUGUACACAAUUUCUCUCAACUCAUGGGUAUGCGAUGGCUAUUGGGCAUGUUCGAAGCUGGUCUAUUCCCUGGAGUAAACUACUAUCUAUCAUGCUGGUAUAAGCGAUCAGAAUUUGGGCUCCGAGCUGCUAUAUUUUUCUCGGCAGCUACGGUCUCAGGAGCGUUUGGUGGAUUGCUCGCAGCUGCUAUUUCAAACAUGGAGGGUAUUGGUGGAAAACCUGCUUGGGCAUGGAUCUUUAUCAUUGAAGGAUUGAUCACAGUCGUCGCCGGGGCCGCGUCUUUUUGGAUCAUUCAAGACUUCCCAGAUACUGCCAAAUUCCUAACAGAAGCGGAACGUACCGUCGUUAUCCGUAGACUGCAAAGCGACAACCAAUUUAGCGCAGCCGGUGAAGAGUUCAAAUUAAAAUAUGUGUUUGCCAGUUUGAAGGAUUGGAAAACAUGGCUCGGAAUGGUGGUUUACAUGGGAGUGGACAUGCCGCUGUAUGCGUUCUCUUUGUUCCUGCCUAGCAUCAUUAAUCAAGUCAGAUUCACCGCCACUCCGGCAAACCUUCUCACUGUCCCGGUGUACACCUUCGCGUGUAUUAUUACUUGCGGCGUGGGUUUCCUGGCUGACCGCUGGGGUAGACGAGGCUAUUUUAACGUUGGCUUCACAUGUUUGGGCGCCAUUGGUUAUAUCAUCCUAAUUGUAUCGAGAAAUGCUGCUCUGUCAUAUUUUGCUGUUUAUAUGGCUACUUGUGGAAUUUAUCCAGUGAUUUCCAAUACCAUCUCGUGGGUUGCAAACAAUGUAGAAGGAUCCUAUAAGCGUAGCGUGUCGAUGGCAAUGGUCAUUAGCUUUGGAAACAUCAACGGCGCUGUGAGCUCCAAUGUGUAUCGCGCCAGAGACAAACCAUGGUACCCUUUGGGUCACGGUCUGGUGUUGAUGUAUAUUGUGUUUGGAAUCUUGUCAUCUACUCUUUUCAUCAUUCUCCUCAAGCGGGAAAAUGCACGAAGAGAUAGAGGCGAGAGAAACGAGUAUAUUGAAGAUCAGCCUGAAACUCAUGACCCGGCUAACGAGAAGAAUGGACGAUAUGCAACUGUGGACGAUGCAAAAAGGGCGAAGGGCGACAAAUGGAGUGGUUAUCGAUACACCAUUUAA